ACCAAUUUCCCCCAUCCCCUAUCUGUCGAACUGAGUGGCCCAUCCAGUUGUGAGGGCCCUCAGUCAGCAACGGUGGCUUUCAGAAGAUCGGUUGUGGUGAAGCUGAUUGGUUGUAUGGAAGAUGUAUUCGGUGGAAUCGAAUUCCAGACGGAAGGCGCAAGGAAUCCUGCAACCCACUUUGGUAUCUGCAAAGAUUGACUCAUAAGUUGUCCUAAGUAAAGAAGACCUUCUAGUGUCCCUUAUCCAGAGACAUCCGGAGCCAUGCCUUGUGUUAAUGAAUGACAGGAAGUAGAGAUGGAAGUGUUCAUUUAAGCUCCCCCUUGGCGCUCCUGCUACUCAUACAAAACCUGCUUUCCUUCUGGUAGAACAUCUCAAGAGGUUCCAGGAGCCACCAUGAGGUUCCUCAUUCUGGCUGUUGUCGUCUUCUCAGCAUCCCAAGCUUACGUUCUCCGAGAUGAGCCGUAUCCUCACCUGGCCAAGUUAAACCAGGAGCUCCUAGAAUACAUGCAAAAUGUCACCAGGAUCGUGAAUGAAAAAAUUGACUACAUCCAAAACCUGGAGCUUAGCCAAUCAGUGCUAGACCGGCUUCACCACACUUACUUAAAAAUAAGCGAGCGCCUGAAUUACUUGGAGUCUAAGUUGCCUCCUGAUGUCCCGAGAACCUAUUAUAUGGCCCUUGCGACAUCCAUGGGCUUGGUGGAGAAAGGUAUCGAUACCUUAAACAACAUCAAGAGACGAGUGACCCCAGUCACAGACAAAGUGGCCGAAUCCCUGUACACCAUCGUGGCCCCCUUUGCAAACUCGGUCCUGGAGAAGGUGGAGCCCUAUUCCGAAGCCCUGCGCCGGGCCAUCAGCAUCCCAGUUGAGAGACUCAACCCGAGGUUGAGCGAGAAGCUCAAGAAGCUCCUGGAAAGGCUGACCAAAGAGUUGGCGCCGUUACUUCAAACCCUCCAGAACGAAUUGCAAGAAUUCAAGGCUUCCUUACAACCAGCUACGGACCACGUCCAGAAGAAGGUGAAGGAAGGCAUGGAGAGAAUCAACCAGCAGUUGGAACCGUAUCUCGCUCCGAUUCUCGAAGCCCUGGAAAAAUACACCAAGGGCUCUCCAGACGAGUAGGGGUUGUGUUCCUGCAAG